AUGUUGCAGGGAAGACAUCGCGAGGCAUCCCAUGGCUGUCGUGAUGGCAGUAUUCUGAUAGGUCUGAAGCUUAGUGCAUUGCAAAUCACUAGUGCCGUUCGACCAAACGAGCGCAGCCUGCACGAUGAUUUAGAGAAGGAUCCCGAUUACUCCGGUUCCGGGUUUGGACCUGAUGACGAGGACUCAUCCACCGAUCUACACCAAUCGCAUCGUGGAAUUAAUUCACAAACACAAUCGGGUAAACAUAAUACGAACGCCAAUAAUAACGACGACAACGACGAUCUCAUCACCAGUAGAACUCAUCAUCAAACGAAUAGUGGCACAAUCAUUGGCAGCAAUAGCGGCAGCAAUUCAGGCAUCAUCGGUGGCAAUAGUGGUAGCAACACUGGCCUCAAUACAAUUGACAUUAAUACAAUCAAAUCAAUAUCAUUGCCAUCGUUCAUAUCAACAGCCACAACGACCAAACAAACGUCUUCAUCCACAAUCAUAAAUCAAAACACCCCCAUCACCACUUCCACAAGCUCUGCAACGGCGAGCAAAAAUCGCGGCUCAUCCUUAUACCCCAACCAAGUCCAACAAACCCACUUACCCGCAGCUCCCCAUUACCCUGCAGGCGGCGUCGCGCACACAGACGACGAAGACUUCGACCUGGGUGAGGGUGGUGAUGAUGACGACGCGAAACAGCAAAUUGGCGGCGGCGGUGGUGGCUUGUUUGCCGGCAGCGGUGAUGGCGGCUUCAUCGAUCACACUGAUGACGAUGAUGAUCAUACCGGUGAUGUGGAUGAGGACGAUCAAGAUCUGAUUGAACGUCCGCAUCAACGUCAACACGAAUUGGGCGCAGCAGCUGGCGGCAACAAGUCCACAUCGACCGACGACAACAACACCACUAGCAGUACCACAUCUUCCACCUCAUUCUCGACUACUACUAGUAGUAGCAGCAGCGACAGCAAUGAGCGCAAGAAAAUUUUGGGAGCUACGGGCGAUGAAGAUGAUGAUCAUUUUGGCGAGCAUGAAGAGGACGAAGACGAGGAUGAAUUCGAUGAAACUUACGAUGAGGACACCAAGGGCGAUGACGACGGUGACGACGAUGAUGUCGGCCAUGGACAUGACGAGGAUGAGAAUACCGAAAUAUACAUUGAUGGCACGGAGCCGAAUGCCAAGGGCGGCAGCGUCAGCCAGGAUAACGAACCGCUGCGUUAUGCUUCACAUUCAUAG